GCAUCGGGUCAGAAGAGUUCGGGCACCAGCCGGGAAGUGGUUCAGGAGGGCAAAGCCUCGCAAGCGGGCCCUGCAUGCGAAAUGCUCCACGCCCUGAGCAGCUGGAGGAGCAACUGGGCGUGCGCUGCAGAGGGGUCGCGGGGCCGAAACGAGCCGCUGACAGCGCGCCCCUUCUGCCUUGCAGUCUCCCGCUUCAUGGCGCCGUCCUCGGGCAUGAACAUGGGAGGCAUGGGCGGCCUGAGCUCCCUAGGGGACGUGAGCAAGAGCAUGGCCCCGCUGCAGAGCACGCCGCGAAGGAAACGGAGGGUCCUGUUUUCCCAGGCCCAGGUUUACGAGCUGGAGAGACGUUUCAAGCAGCAGAAAUACCUCUCCGCCCCCGAGAGGGAACAUUUAGCCAGCAUGAUCCACCUCACCCCGACUCAGGUCAAAAUCUGGUUCCAGAACCACCGCUACAAGAUGAAGCGGCAGGCCAAAGACAAGGCUGCACAGCAGCAGAUGCAACAGGAGAACGGCUCCUGCCAGCAGCAGCAGUCCCCCAGGAGGGUGGCGGUGCCGGUGCUGGUGAAGGAUGGCAAGCCCUGCCAGGCGGGCUCCAACACCCCCACCGCAGCCAUCCAGAGCCACCCGCAGCAGGCGGCCACGACCAUCACGGUGGCCACCAAUGGCAACAGCCUCGGACAGCAUCAGAGCCAUCAGACAAACAGUGCGGGGCAGUCUCCCGACAUGGGACAGCACUCGGCCAGCCCUUCCUCCCUGCAGAGCCAAGUCUCCAGUUUGUCUCACCUGAACUCUUCCACUUCUGACUAUGGCACUGCCAUGUCCUGCUCCACCUUACUAUACGGUAGGACCUGGUGAAAGGAUUAAAGAAAGCGAAACAAAACAAAACGAAACAAAACAAAAAAAAGAGAGAGAAAAAUCAAAAAACAGAUUUUCCCAGUCACGCAAAUCUGUGUCCUGUCCAAAGUACUGGGUGCUUUCCUUUGCUUUUUUAUUAUUUUUUCUUUCUUUCUUUCUUUUUCCCUUAAAGCUUUUUUUUUUCCUUUCCUUUUCUUUUAUUUUCUUUUUACUUUUUCGUUUUACUGAUUGGUUCUCUGAGGACCCCAAAGAGAGAGAGGAAGAGAGUGACUUCUUGUUCCGUUCGCUGAUACUGUGACGGUUUUGGGUCUUUCUUUUUUCCCGUUUCCCCCCAACUUGCUGUGUGGGGUAUUAAACCAAUUCUGACCAAUAACCACGGAGCAGUCUGCAGACAGGGGCCCGUCGGUAGGCAUGGCCCGAAGGCUCGGAUUGCAGAUGGACCCUUUGCCAGCGUCUAGGACUUGCAUGUAAAUAUAGAGAUUGGGGAGGAUGGGGUUGGGGUUUUUCCCAAAAACGCAGUCGCGGCACGCAGCCACAGAGCAACCUCCCCCAUCCCCCGGCUCCGCUCCCAGCCCCGUCCCAGCGAUGGAGCCGGGGGGCCACACGAGGCUUUGGCUUUUCUUUUACGUUUGAUGUGAACCUGUAGCUGUAUAAUGCUGUCAAAAGUUGGACUAAACCCAUAGUUUUUAGCAUCCUGUAUAUUUUGUUGUAAAAAGAAAGAAAAAAAAAUACAAUCAACCAAACCAACCCCACCCCUCUUUUUUAUGGACACUGAUCGUCCCCUCGUAAACUCUCCGGCAGUUUGUUUUUUGCGCACGCCGCCUUUUCCUGUUGUAACUUAUGUAGAUAUUUGGCUUAAAUAUAGUUCCUAAGAAGCUUCUAAUAAAUUAUACGCAUUGCGAAUAUAUAUUUUUUUUUAAACGUCCUCUCCGCUCCCUCCUGACCCUCCUUUCCCCCAUCUCUAUUUUUGCGUUGGAUGGAAACCGGAUCGGGACGCCGCGGGCUCCGGGAC